AGAAAAAGAGAAAGGACGUCCUGUGAGUGAGACUUGUCGCGUGCCUGUCGCGUGCAUGCCCAUGCAGCACGCGCUGCAGAAGCGAACUCGCUGCAGCUGAGCGCUCCAGGCUCUUCAGGUUCAGUCAGUUCAGACCAUCAUCCGUCUGGACCUCGUCAGGACUUCUGGCUCCAGAGAGGAUCCAUUUGAACACCCGUCGGUUUCGGGUUCUUUCGGGUCUGCUGUGGACUGGAGAGCGCGCGGAGGCUGCGACACAUCGAGAACGUGACGUUUUCUUCAGGAAAGCAUCUCCUCUGCUGAAGCCUUUCUCCUAAAGUUUUCCUCUUUUGGCGCAGCUUGACAUUUGUGAAAGUGCAGCUUUUACGCACGGACGGAAGGAGGAACGGCUUCACUCUUCAGCUCGGACUGGCACGGAUCGGACCGCCUUUUUCUGCAGGAUUAUCUAAAAGAAAAAGUGGGAAAGAGGAAAUGAAAUCCAACGCUGUCCUUUUGAUGUGCCUUUUCUCUGUAACAAGCAGCCGAGCGGAGAACGCAGAGGAGCGCCUGGUGAACUACCUGCUGGGUCCCGAGCGCUACAACAAACUGAUCAGACCAGCUGUUAAUAAGAGCCAACAGGUCACCAUCUCCAUUCAGGUGUCUCUGUCGCAGCUCAUCAGUGUGAAUGAACGAGAACAGAUCAUGACCACCAACCUGUGGCUCUUUCAGGAGUGGAACGACUACAGACUGAGGUGGGACCCAGAUAAAUACGAGGGCAUCAAGAAACUGCGAAUACCCUCCAAACUCAUCUGGCUUCCUGAUAUUGUGCUCUACAACAAUGCUGACGGCGUCUACGAGGUUUCCUUCUACUGCAACGCUGUGGUCUCCAACACAGGCGACAUCUUCUGGCUCCCUCCAGCCAUCUACAAGUCAGCCUGUGCCAUCGAGGUGCAGAACUUCCCUUUUGACCAGCAGAACUGCACCCUGAAGUUCCGCUCCUGGACCUACGACCACACGGAGGUGGACCUGAUGCUCACCAGUGACUUUGCCAGCCGGGACGAUUUCACACCAAGUGGAGAGUGGGACAUCGUCUCGCUUCCUGGACGCAAAAACGAGGACCCCAACGACAUCACCUACCUGGACAUCACCUAUGAUUUUGUGAUCAAGAGGAAGCCUCUGUUUUACACCAUCAACCUGAUCAUCCCGUGUGUGCUCAUCACGUCUCUGGCUAUCCUGGUGUUCUACCUGCCCUCAGACUGCAGGCAGAAAAUGACGCUGUGCAUCUCCGUGCUGCUGGCUCUCACUGUGUUCCUGCUGCUGAUCUCCAAAAUAGUCCCGCCCACAUCUCUGGCAGUGCCCCUCAUAGGUAAAUACCUGAUGUUCACCAUGGUGCUGGUCACAUUUUCCAUCGUCAGCACGGUCUGUGUCCUCAAUGUGCACCAUCGCUCCCCGUCCACCCACUUCAUGCCUGAGUGGGCCAAACGCAUCUUCUUGGUCCGCCUCCCGACCUUUCUCCUCAUGAGGCGUCCAGGCUCUUCCAAAGCUCGCCACAAACCCCGGCAGAAGAAUCCCAGAAAGAAUCCAAACUCCAAAAACAAUUUCCAGAGCAUCGCAGGAAACUGGCAGUACUCCAGAAACAGACUCAGUGGAAUCCCGACGGACAGCGACUCCUUCUAUGUGAACGAGGACUUGGCGCACAGGUGUUGCUGGAAGGUGGGGGACAUCUCAGAUGGAGGAGGAGGGCUGUCAGACUUCCAGAGAUCUUGUGCUGAUCAGCGGGAUGCAGAUCUGGAUGAGGCGAUGGAGGGAGUGAGAUACAUCGCUGACCACAUGAAGACAGAAGAUGACGAUGAAGGGAUCAUCCAGGACUGGAAGUACGUUGCCAUGGUGAUCGACCGUCUCUUCCUGUGGAUCUUCAUCCUGGUGUGUGUGGUGGGAACUCUGGGACUCUUCAUGCAGCCGCUCUUCCAAAGCUACAACACAGCUGACGACACAGAAUACGGAGACUUUUAGGAUUUCAGUUGCACAAAAGAAGGAAAGCUGUGACAAAAGACUGCCAGGGGUCCACAUAUGAGACGAUGUGAGGAGGCUUGAUGUGUUUGGAUUCAGGAUGGAGAUGGUCAAGUCUCAGUUAAGGAACUCCACCCAUACAGGAACAUUGACAAACGUCGAUCUGAAAUCAGCAGCUUUUUCUUCCAGCAGGAUGACUUAAACUUUGCAAAAGUGAAAAAAACAGACAAUAUAAAGAGUCUUUCCUGUUGGACUCCUCCUCACCUUUGGCCUCAUGACCGUGCGCAGUGACGGCGCUCUGGUCUCCUCUCACCGCUGCUCCGGUGGCAUCAGCAGUCACUAAACAGACAUUUUCAAGAAUCUUUUUCCACUUUUGAAGUUACACUGAAAUUACACACUUUUUGUUUGAGCUCCGUGUUUUCUCCACCUUUGCUGAAGCUGCACUGAAACACUUUAUCCUUUUAAAAACACCUUUUAUUCUCCUCUUGCUUUAUCAGUCUGUUCUUUGAAUUUGUCUGCUGCUUUUGAGGGUUUUCAUUUAGUUUUACAGCAUCACUUCUAGAAGUCUGUUCACACAAACUCAAGACAAAAUGCUACAGCAAACACAGACACAGGAAUUCUUUGUGCUUCGCAAACAGAAGUGUAGACAUUCAGACCGAUUUUUCACUGUUUGAGAGGAAAACCUGAAUCCUUUCUUUUGCACCUCAAUCUUUGCCUUUGAUAUCUGCCUUAACCCCCAUUUACACCUCCUACAAAAACCGAUUUUACAAGAAAACAAAGAUUUAAUCAGCUGAUUCCCAUGUAUCAUGCUCAAUCAAACUGUACCAUUCCAAAAGAUCUCCUUCCAGAUUUUUGCUGCUGUACCUUUCAGACUUUGGAGUACGAGUCUCAGGAGAUACAAAAAGGAUAAUAAAUUAGAAUUAAUCACACUUUUGGAAGAAAAGUCAAUCCUAAACACACCUUAGGUCUGAACAGGAUAAAC